ACGCUGUUUUGUUUUGCUCUGCAUAGCAGAGCAAUACAAAUCAAUGUGCUUACACAGUACAAAACACACAUACACAAUAUUAAAACGGCACACAGUUAACCUUUUGAUCGCCCCAGAUGUUAACCCCUUCCUGCCCAGUGUCAUUAGUACAGUGCAGGGGUGGACUGAUAACUCAUGGGGCCCCCGGGCAAUAGAGGAUCAUGGGCCCCUGUGUCCUUGCCCACACUCAAAGCACACCCAAAAAAGCCUAUAAAAAAGGUACCAGGGGCAUCUCAUGGGGCCCCCUACUGACCCCGGGCCCUCGGGCAGUGCCCAAGUUUCCAAAUGGUCAGUCCGCCCCUGGUUCUGU